AUGUCGACGAUUAAUUAUCAAAUGUACGCCUUCCUAUUAGCGUCGCUGCUUUGGCUAAAUCUGCUUGGAGCGCAGACACAGCUGCUGGAUGAGGAUGAUGAUGUCUUUGGCAGGCUAUGGCCCACAUACAGUCUGCAGAAUAUGCCAAAGACGCAGUUCACCUGCCGCGAUAAAAUACUCGGUGGUUAUUAUGCGGAUCCCGAGACUCAGUGUCAAAUGUUCCAUGUGUGCGUCAAGCUGCCAGGAGUGGGGGUGCAGGACUAUCGCUUCCUUUGUCCAAACAGCACGGCCUUCGAUCAGGAGCUGCAGAUCUGUGCCAAUUGGGCGGAUGUUGACUGUGACAAGGCCACGUCCUAUUAUGACAACAAUAAUCUCAACGAUCUUUAUCGCGGCGGUGAUGAGAGCAAAAGUGCCAACGAGGAGGAGGCCACAUUCCAUUUACAACGAGCCGAAAGUGGUGAUGUGAGACGCUCCAAGGAGAAUCGUGGUGAUCAAAAGUCGCGCCCCAGACAUAAUUAUGCGCAAUCCAGCUCCAAUCUGAAUGUGGAUACAACCAAACGACCCAUCACCAGCUAUUAUACACCCACCACAAGCAGCACCACCACAAAAACAACAACAACAACUACUGAGCGCAACUACUACAACAACAACAACAACAAUAACUACAACAACAAUGAUGACUCAAAGCAAGACAUCGAUGAUAUCUUUAAGGGUUCCCACAGUUCGCACUUCUUUGCCAAUCGUCAUGGAGGUCGCGAAUUCGAUGAGGAGCCGGCAUCACGUCCCCGGCCAAAUGAUUUCAAUGCCGAUUACAACAGUCGCAAGACCACUGAGGGGCGUGUCACGCCCACACGCGGCCAGCGCACAAGUACGCCCACAACAACAACAACGUCGACAACAACCUCAGCUGCUCCAGCACUGAAGAAGAUUACAUUACAUGCCUCAUUUAAUACGGAUUUCCAGGAUUAUUCGCAUCAUUAUAAAUCGACCACGCCCAGCACUGUAACGCCCACGGCAGCAACAACCCCACGACUUGGCGGCAGCAUCACAAGUCGCUUUAGCUUUGGACUUAAUGAUUAUCAGACCCAGGAGCGCAUACAACCGACGACAUACAGUCCGACUAACGCUUAUCGUUUCAAAAGCACGGAGUUGCCCUCGAGCUCGACAAAAUUGGCCGGCAAAAAUGUGCAGGAUUUUGAUAAGGAAACGACGAAGCGACACAAGCCCACAAUUGCAGCGAGGAAACAGAAAUUGGGACCACAGGAAUCCAACUACAUCAAUCACAAUGAGUUUGCCGAUGUGGCCAAGCCACAACCCUUCCAAGCAAACCAAGGUGCUACCAAGAAAUCUAUCCAGUUGGAGCCGCAGUAUCAACGUCCUAGGACUCCAUUGGGACGCGUGGGCAGCCAGGAGCCGGCACCUUUUAAGGCUUCAGCCAGUGGCAAAUCUAGAAGCUUCACCAGUCGGGGAAGUAUCACCUAUAAAGCCACCACGCAGCGGUUCGUCGAUGAUGAGUACCAUUAUCCAACCACCAAAAGCACCACGUUGACUCCUACUAAAAAACAAUCCUCUCAGUCACCUAAGGAUGCAUUCACGCCCACAACAUUCCGACCCACAACCUAUAAGAAACCCUACGAACAAAGCUACUAUCAAACGCAGCAAACACUACGUCCAAGCUCGAGUCCUGUCAAGAAAUCUUCUUCCCCCGCCGCUGGUACCGUCGUUCUGCCCACCACUGCUAAUCCCUACUACAAUGUGGAUGAAGAUGAUGGUCAAUAUCAUCCGGAGCUGUAUGAGAAUGAUUUUCCUCGCAAUCGUUUCAAGUUUCUGAGAAGCAGAUCUACCAACUCUCCGAGCAGCACCACCAGCAGCACCACAGCCGCACCAUAUUCGAGCAGGCAACCACAUGGUUUUCAGCAGGCGCACAGUCAUCUGAAGAGUCAACAACAGUCGGCAUAUCAAAAGGAACGCGAGUCCGAUCUGAGCGAUGAGGAUGAGCUUUUUAAGACGGCACAAUCUUUGAAUUUUGGUGCUGCCAGCAUCAAUAAACUGCGUGCUGACAUUUACAAGGCGGAGAAGACAUCGCAGCAAUACAAUUCACAGUACAGUCCACAGGCAUUGCCAUCUAGUCCGAAGACAACCACACAGACAACGAGCAGGCCAACAACUCACAGCACCAGCAGCAGCAGCAGCAGUUCAACAAGAACAACCACAACAACCACAACGAGCACCACAAGACGUCCCACAACAACAAGCACAACAACAGCGAAAACAACGACAACCACUAGCUACCCUGUGGAGCUGAAGAAAUCAGUCAAGAGCAAAAAGGAGGAAAAGAAGAGCAAGUCGAACAGCAAGCGACCUCCCCAUGCUGAUGAGGAUACCAGCUAUGAUUAUGCCUACUAUGACACGGACUGAGCUCUCAAAACAGUUCCAACUAAUCCCUAGCCCAGCUCUCGAACUAAAUAGCAUAACUACUUAAGCUUUUUCUUCAUCAAACCCGCUCAUAGCAAUAUUUUCUUCAUUUUUCUUAAUUUUUUAACAAGUUUUUCGACCCCACUACCAUCAUUUUUUUUCCAGCAGCAACUUAAUAGGUGCCACAGUAUUUUAUAACAGUAAUGAGUACUCGUAUAAACAAUAUAACAACUUCCAUUUUGAAUUAUUCACUCUCCUUUUUGAUUUUGUUUUUAAAUACCCAUUAACACUCGCGUACAUAUUCAUUCAAUCAGAUGCGUUCUUAAUGAAUUUUCAUGCGUGUAUCUAGUUAUUUAAAUACUUAAAACAAAACAUAUUUUUAGUCGUUAGACAAUUGUUAAACUGAAAUGAAGCGCUAAAAAACAAACAACACAUUAAAAAUCAUUUUUGAUAUGCAAGCUGGCAAAAUUUGAAG